UUGGUGAUUUUUAAGCAUUUACCGGUGUUUGCGGGUUAAAUCCACACGGUCUGCUCUCGGUCGGUCUCGUUAUAACCGGAGGGACUGAUGGAGGUCACGGUUCAUACGCGCCGGAGUAAAUAUUUAAGCUUUAAUCACACAACAGAACUACAAGUCCCAUGAUGCCACGUCAUCACGUAGUUACGUUUAGCAACGGUCAGUUGCUAGAGGAAAAAAAAAAAAAACAGCCGCUUCCGUGUUGUUCUUGUGUUAUUCUGGAGAAUAACUGUCGGUACCGGAGCCCGAGCUCACCGGACAGCUUCACCGGAGCGUGACUGUCACGGUUCUGUGAAGCUGACACGCACGUUCAGCCCGUUUCCCGCCCGACAUGUCGCUGCUGCAGAGCUCCAAGAAGAAAGACAAGCGGAUCCUGUCCGGUACCUGCCCGGACCCGAAAUGUCAGGCGAGGCUGUUCUUCCCGGCUCACGGCUCCGUUAGCAUCGAGUGCACCGAGUGCGGCCAGCGCCACGAGCAGAAGAACCUGACCAACGUCGAAGAAGUGACCGAUCCAGAUGUGGUGCUCCACAAUCUGCUCAGGAACGCCCUGCUCGGCGUCACCGGGGCCCCGAAGAAAGGCACCGAGCUGGUGAAGGUGAUGGGGCUCUCCAAUUACCACUGCAAGCUCCUGUCCCCGGUCCUCACCCGGUACGGCAUGGAUAAACAAACCGGGAAAGCCAAGCUGCUGAGGGAGAUGAACCAAGGCGAGAUGUUCGACUGCUCCCUCCUUGGAGACCGAGUGUUCCUCAUCGAGCCGGACCACGUCUCCACCAUGGGCUACGGCAAGGACCGGUCAGGGAGCCUCAUAUACCUGCACGACACUCUGGAGGAGGUCAAGAAGGCCAACGGCAACCGGGAGUGUCUCAUCCCGGUCCACGUGGACGGAGACGGGCACUGCCUGGUCCACGCCGUGUCCAGAGCGCUGGUGGGCCGAGAACUGUUCUGGCACGCCCUGAGAGAGAACCUGAAGCAGAACUUCAAGCAGAACCUGGACCGCUACAAGGCGCUCUUUCAGGAUUUCAUCGACGCCGCAGAGUGGGAGGACAUCAUCAACGAGUGCGACCCGCUGUUCAUCCCGCCUGAAGGCGUGCCGCUCGGACUGCGCAACAUCCACAUUUUUGGCUUAGCCAACGUCCUCCACCGGCCCAUCAUCCUGCUGGACUCCCUGAGCGGGAUGAGGAGCUCUGGGGAUUACUCGGCCACCUUCCUGCCCGGGCUGGUGGCCGAGGAGCAGUGCAAGGGGAAAGACGGGAAGCUCAACAAGCCCAUCUGCAUCGCCUGGAGCAGCUCAGGGAGGAACCACUACAUCCCUCUGGUGGGAAUCAAGAACACUGUGCUGCCCAAGCUGCCGGCUCGCCUGCUGCCGAAGGCGUGGGGCGUCCCUCAGGAGCUCAUCAGGACGUACAUCAAGCUGGAGCCGGACGGGAGCUGCGUGAUCGGCGGCGACCGCAGCUUGCAGGAUAAAUAUCUGAUGCGGCUGGUCAACGCCAUGGAGGAGGUGUUCAUGGAGAAGCACAGCAUCCACCCAUCGCUGGUGGCCGACGUGCAUCAGUACGUCUACAGACGGACCGGCGUGAUCGGCAUCCAGCCUGAGGAGGUGACGGAGGCGGCUAAGAAGUCCGUGAUGGAGAACCGGCUGCACCGCUGCCUCAUCUGCGGCGCCCUCUCUGAGCUCCAUGUCCCGCCGGAGUGGCUGGUUCCCGGUGGGAAGCUCCACAACCUGGCCAAGUCCACUCAUGGCCAGCUGCGGCCGGACAAGAACUACAGCUUCCCCCUCAACAACGUGGUCUGCUCCUACGACCCCCAGCGAGACGUCCUCGUCCCAGAUUAUAAACUGAGCACCCUCAGCACCUGCAACUGGUGUCACGGCACGUCGGUCCGCCACAUCCAUGGCAACGGGUCGGUGGUUUACCUGGACGGGGACAGAACCAACACACGCUCCCAGGGCGGGAAGUGUGGGUGCGGCUUCAAGCAUUUCUGGGAGGGAAAGGAGUAUGACAACCUCCCCGAGGCCUUCCCCAUCACGCUGGAGUGGGGGGGUCGUGUGGUGAGAGAGACUGUGUACUGGUUCCAGUACGAGACGGACUCGGCUUUAAACAGCAACGUGUACGACGUGGCCAUGAAGCUGGUCACCAAACACUUCCCGGGCGAGUUUGGCAGCGAGAUCCUGGUGCAGAAAGUCGUCAACACCAUCCUGCAUCACACCGCCAAGAAGAAUCCAGACGAAUACAACCCAGUGUCCAUCGAUGGGGCUCAUGCCCAGCGUCUCACCGACACCACGGACAUUCAGCAGGCGGCGGACCCCCAGCCGCCCACAAAGAUCAUCCUGACUGGUCAGAAAGCAAAGACGCUCCACAAAGAGGAGCUGACGAUGAGUCGAGCGGAGCGCAGCAUCCAGCAGAGCAUCAGCGAGCAGGCCUUCGUCACUCAGAAGCGACGGACUGAUAAGUUGAAGCAGGAGCAGAAGGGCCACGGCCGGACGUCUUCCCCCGGUGGAUCGCCGGAAACCUCCUCCUCUUCGGCUCCGGCCACGCCCACCAAAUCCUCCUCCCCCUCAGCGUCCAGUAAGGACAAGAAGAUCCGAGUGACCACCAGUGACGGCAGGCAGGCCAUGCUGACCCUGCAGGCCCACACCACCUUCUCAGAGCUGCAGAGGAGCAUCGGCAACCAGUUCGGCGUGCCGCCGGCGCAGCAGUGCAUCCGCUACAGCUUCCCGCCCAAAGAACUGACCCCCCCGAAGGACGGCGAGGAGAACGAGCCGGUGGCGCUGCAGCAUGGCGACAGGGUGACGGUGGAGAUACUGAGGGGCCCCGAGGACAAGAGCCCUGCGGCCUCCAUACCCCGAGCCUCCAGCUCGCACUCCGCCCUGCACUCGGCGAAGAGCGAGGACGCCGUGACAUCCGGCAGGAUGAGCAGCCGGGAACUCCAGGACAGCAUCGACCUUGAGAUGUCCUCCCUCUGUCUCCUAGCAACCUUGAUGGGUAAGAAUCAAAGAGUGUGACAUGUGGGCCGCCUCCCGCGAGGUCUGCACCACCUCCUCAUGAAACAGUCCAGAGUCACGUGAGCCAGAAAA